CCCUUCGAGGGAGGGCGCCGGAAGUGACGCGAUGCCCUGCGGAGACCAGGAGUCCGACUGUAGGACGAGCUCGGGCCCCACGUGUUCCCGGUGCUCGCUGGCCGCAACCCCCGGCUUCCCAGGGCCGGGGGACCUUGGCGGCACCCGCACACAGCCUACUUCCCGAGCGGAGCCAUGUCUGGUAACGGCAACGCGACUGCAACAGUGGAAGAAAACAGCCCAAAGAUGAGAGUGAUUCGUGUGGGUACCCGCAAGAGCCAGAUGGAAAUUCCGGUCCCUUCAGCAUCUGCCUAACCUAUGAGAGUCUGAGCAGUGGCUGGGAAGGGCAGGACUAAUUGAAAUCUCUACCCCCAGCUUGCUCGCAUACAGACGGACAGUGUGGUGGCAACACUGAAAGCCUUGUACCCUGGCCUGCAGUUUGAAAUCAGUGAGUUUUCUGGCAAGGAGUGGAAGCUAAUGGGAAGCCCAGUAUCCCAAGAGGGGAGAAAACAGCAUUUCUGGCUUUGCCUACAACUAAAGCCUGUCCCACUGCCCCGAGAAUCCCUCUUGGCUGCUCCCAGCUCCAAAGUUGCUAUGUCCACCACAGGGGACAAGAUCCUUGAUACUGCACUCUCUAAGAUUGGAGAGAAGAGCUUGUUUACCAAGGAGCUUGAACAUGCCCUGGAGAGGAAUGAAGUGGACCUGGUUGUUCACUCCCUGAAGGACCUGCCCACUGUGCUUCCUCCUGGCUUCACCAUAGGAGCCAUCUGCAAGCGGGAAAACCCCCAUGAUGCUGUCGUCUUUCACCCAAAAUUUGUUGGGAAGACCCUAGAAACUUUGCCAGAAAAGAGUGUGGUGGGAACCAGCUCCCUGCGGAGAGCGGCCCAGCUGCAGAGAAAGUUCCCACAUCUGGAGUUCAGGAGCAUUCGGGGAAACCUCAACACCCGGCUUCGGAAGCUGGACGAGCAGCAGGAGUUUAGUGCGAUCAUCCUGGCAACAGCUGGCCUGCAGCGCAUGGGCUGGCACAACCGGGUGGGGCAGAUCCUGCACCCUGAGGAAUGCAUGUAUGCUGUGGGCCAGGGGGCCUUGGGUGUGGAAGUCAGAGCCAAGGACCAGGACAUCUUGGAUAUGGUGGGUGUACUGCAUGAUCCUGAAACUCUGCUUCGCUGCAUCGCUGAAAGGGCCUUCCUGAGGCACCUGGAAGGAGGCUGCAGUGUGCCAGUAGCUGUGCAUACAGCUAUGAAGGAUGGGCAACUGUACCUGACUGGAGGAGUCUGGAGUCUAGAUGGCUCAGAUAGCAUACAGGACACCAUGCAGGCUACAAUCCAUGUCCCUGCCCAGCAUGAAGAUGGCCCUGAGGAUGACCCACAGCUAGUAGGCAUCACUGCUCGGAACAUUCCACGAGGACCCCAGUUGGCUGCCCAGAACUUGGGCAUCAGCCUGGCCAACUUGUUGCUGAGCAAAGGAGCCAAAAACAUCCUGGAUAUUGCACGGCAGCUUAAUGAUGCCCAUUAACUGGUCUGUGGGGCAGAUGCCUGGGUUGCUGCUGUCCAGUGCCCAUUGUCAUGCUAGCUGGGGAGCAAUUACCCCAGGAGACUGAACAGCAGGGUCCAAGCCUUCCAGGGAUUUGCCUCACUAUGAGCCCCUGAUGACUGCCUUGCCUCCUCAGUAUGUGAGGGCUUCAUCUCUUUAGAGAAAUCCAAGCCACAGCCUUUGAAUGUAACCAGUUCUACUAAUAAACCGCUCUGAAGGUG